CACAAUUUAAAAAUGAUGAAUGUUUCAAAAUGUAGUAGAUGUUUAAAAGUACCAGAUGAUAUCUUAAUGCUGACAUGCAGUCAUGAUUUAUGUUUGCUUUGUGCAGCUAAAUCAUUUUCAUAAUAAUAACCUAAAAGAAGCAAAAAAGUAAAUUAAAUUGAGUAAAUAAAUAGUUUUUUGUUUGUGACAUUUGUUCAUCAAAUACAGAGUUAGACGCGAAUAGUGUUUAUGAGUUAGAAAAACUUCAUUUAACAACUGCUUUAUAAGAUAGAUCUAAUCGUAAACCAGCAUCAUAAUAGAAAUCAAAUUUAUCAUCAGAAAAAUAACUUAAACCUCGUUCUUAAACAAGAUAAGAAAAUAAAGAGAAUACAAAAGAAAAAUCUAUAAAAUACAAUGCAUAAACUAUUGAAGCUAAAGUUUCUGUACAUUAAUCCCAAAGAAAUAUGAGUAAACAAUAAAGUGAGAAUUCCCUAAUAUAAAAUAUAAAAGGAAAUUGUAUAGAUCAUCCUGAUGAGGAAGUGUCAUAUUAUUGUUUUGAUUGCAAUAGUAAAUGUAUUUGUCCAGAAUGCAUUAUACAUGGGAUUCAUAAAAAUCAUGAAGUUAAGACAAUAAAGAAAUCAUAUCCUAUUGUGAGAAAAUAAUUAGAAGAAUAGUUAGAAUAAAAUAAUUAAUGCAUUAUGCAAGUUGAAAACUAUAGAUAAGAAUUAGAAAAAAAACAAAUAUAAUAAUAAGCCAUUCAAGACCAUCUAAGAUUAUAAAUAGCUUAAGAAAUUUAGGUAUCUAUUUAAAUAAUAAUAUAAAAGGCUUUGCAUUAAUUAUUAAAUAGUAAAUAAGCUGAACUCUAAGAAAAAGUAGAUAAUUUACCCACAAUUAUGGAAUAGUAAGAAGGAUAUUUUAAUAGAUUAAAUGAAGUUGAAUACAAAUUGUAAAAUUUUAAUGAAAAAAUUAAUGAUAUGAUUGAUUCCAAGGAUGAAUGUGGAUUACUUAAUUAUUAUGGAUCAAUCUAAGGUUAAACAACGCCAUAAAUUCCUCCUCUUCCAAAUAUUAAAGAAGUUCAACUAUCAAAUUAAAUAUUUUCAUAAAUUAAUGAUGUAAAAAAAUUAAUAGGAGGUUUAGAUAUUGAUUGUAAUUAAUGA